AUGCCGACUACUAGGGUACUGCCAUUAUGCAGGUCCAGACUAAUAUAUUCUCACGUACUUCUUCCAUAUUUUCACUUCUCAUCGCCUCCACAACCUUGGGAGUACUUACUUACUAGUUAGGUAUUCACGGCCAUGGAGAUAACACCGGUCCCUCUGCCAAUUCACGGCACCACGACACCGCUAAACGGCAAGGCAAGCAUCAGGCAAGGCAAAGACGAUGGCUGGAAGCCAACGAAACGCUUUCUCCUGGCAUUCAUGUCACUGCUCACCAUCGUGUCCGCCGUGGCAAUUGAAGCCACCAGUCUGCCCACCGCGCUCCCUAUAAUGAGUGCCGAGUUAGGUGGUACGGCUCUACAGGCGUUCUGGUCCGGAACCAGUUUCCUUCUGGCUUCGACGGUGAUCCAGCCGACCAUCGCGUCGAUGUCGCAUAUUGUGGGACGAAGAAUGAUGCUGUAUGUAAGUAGUGCGGGGUUUGUGGGCGGCUCGCUCAUUGCUGCGCUUGCGCAGAACUUCAACGUCGUGCUGGUUGGGCGGACUAUUCAGGGAGCAGGAGGGGGAGGGCUCAUCGUGCUUCUGGAGAUUCUCAUAUCUGACCUCGUGCCUCUGGCACACCGCGGUACUUGGUUCAGCAUCAACUCGGCUAUGUGGGGUGUCGGUAAUGCUACCGGACCCCUGAUCGGAGCUGGAUUUGCCCAAAAUGUCUCUUGGAGAUGGAUAUUCUGGAUCAACUUGCCCAUCGUAGGCGUCGGAAUGCUCUUUGUCACGUUAUUCUUGAAACAGGCCCAUAUCCCUGGGAAUAUCAUCGAGAAGCUCAAGAAGUUUGACUGGCUUGGCUCCGUCCUCUUCUCAGUCAGUUCCGCCGGCUUCUUGUUUGGAGUCACCACUGGAGGUGUUUUAUUUCCAUGGGCCUCUUAUCAAACCCUCAUACCGUUGAUCGUCGGAUUCAUAGGUAUUGUAUGUUUCUUCCGAUGGGAAUUUUACUUUGCCUCGGAACCCAUUAUCGACAAGCGCAUAUUCCAGAACUGGACGGCAAUCUCUGCUUAUAUACAGUCGAUGAUACAUGGCCUUGUCUUAUCGGCGGCGAUAUACUUCCUUACACUGUACUAUCAAGCCGUGAAACUGUACUCGCCAGUGGGCUCUGCUGUCGCUCUCCUUCCAGAGACAGUGUGUCUGGCUCUCGCGAGCGUUGCGGUCGGGGCGUUGACAGGCAUCCUGAAGAAAUAUCGCUGGGCUCUGUGGAUAGGGUGGGUGUUGACGACGUUGGGUUGUGGUCUCCUCUACAAGCUUAACAUAGAGACCACCGUUGUCCAAUGGAUCUUCCUUAACAUCCCAUUCGGAAUUGGAACUGGAAUGCUUUUCACGGCAGAAAUCUUAGCAAUCCAAGCUGCUGUUGAGCCCGAGCUCAACGGCGCAGCCGCAGGUUUCUUCUCCUUCAUCCGCGUCUUUGGUCAAGCUCUCGGCAUUGCUGUCUCCGGAGUGAUCUUCCAGAACUCGUUGAAGCAGCAACUUCUUCGAAUCCCGGGUUUCGCAUCGCUUGCCGACGAAUACUCGCGCGAUGCCACUGCAAUAAGCAUCUUGAUCCAAGGAAUGGCUGAUGGAGAGACUAAGAUGCGAAUUAUGCAGGCAUUCUCAGAUGCUUUGAGUUCAAUAUGGCUCACUCUCACGGUAUUGUCGGCUGUUGGCCUGCUUUUGAGCUUGACGGUAAAGGGGUACUCGAUGACGCAGGAGCAUGUCACUGCGCAACAUUUGGUCCAAGAAAAGGACACAGUUGGAAAUGAGGAGGCCGGUGUGUUAGGCAAUGUUGAAGAUGAGAAGUGUUGAUUAGAGUAAAAGUGGCAGGAUUGAUCGCACGAGAAGCGCUUUCAAUAAGACAUGAGCUUAAAGGCUUGAGAAUAGAUUCUUCUGUAUUCCUUACCUAGUAAUUGAGCAUUAGAUGUGUGGCGUAUAAUGCUUUGCACGAGACAAAUUACGAAGAGCAGUCAAGCUCUUCACCUCCUGCGUGACUAUCUU